GACCUCGACAUCAUCCAUCGGCCGAGUCUGAGACGGGUCUUUUGACCUGGGACCAUGGCACUCCCGCACCCUAAACUAUACACCAUGACGGUACUCCUCCGUUUAUAGCUAUGAUCCCGCCCAGGAACGCCAACGGCCCCCAAACAACUCGUCUUUUGCGUGCCUGAAUCUUGUUCGCGACAACGCCGAAAGAUGCCAUCCCUCGCACGCAAGGUUGUCAUUGCUGCCGCAGUGGACGGCCUCCUGAUUCAGCCUCUGGCGACCAAGAAAGAACACAAGCCUUCACCUCCGGUCAGGCUGCGCUAUGGAGACGCUGCUAUUUCAUUCGUUUCCCGAGACGGGCUGCCAGACCUGUCUAAGCCCAACUCCUCGUUCGAGGCCUUCGGAAUUGUUGGCCUGAUCACGGUCUCCCGCUUCAGUUAUCUCGUCUCCAUUACCCGCCGCAAGCAGGUCGCCGUGAUCCGCGGUCACCCGGUAUACGUCAUCACCGAGGUCGCCCUCACGCCAUGCUCCUCCUACAACGAUGCCAGUGAAGCCGUUGCAAAGACCGCCAUACAACCACAACGUAAAGAUGCUGGAGAAUCGGCCGGGGAUGACACAGACACUGAAGCUGAAGACGACACCGACAUAGACACAGCUUCGAUUAAGAGCGAUGAGGUGCCUACCGACGACGAGCGUCCGGAUACAUCGGAUGGGUCUAAGCCCUCGGCUACCAGCGUCGCGAAGGAUGUCAUGACCCGGCGUGGCAGCUAUGGCCGUUUUGCUCAACGAUGGUUCAGCAGCAGCGGCUGGACACUGGAGCAAAAGCGGAGCAUGGGUCUCAGCCAGUCCGAAGAGAAUGUUAGUAACGCCGUGGAUAAGGCUGCCGAUGGCAACCUGCCAGGAGACUCCAAGGCCCCUGCGGCUACCAAGGAGGAUACUGCAUCACCAGAGGCGGCUGGUGUUCCUGUGGAGGAUGCAAAAGAAGAAAAGAUGGCGCCACCAGCACUGCUACCGAAGCUACUGCGCACCACCCAGAUACUUUUUGGCUCUUCCCAGAGCUACUUCUUCUCGUAUGACUACGACAUCACUAGGAGUUUGUCGAGGCAGCGCGAGGCUACGACGCAAGGCGACACGCCGCUUUACCGCAGGACGGAUCCUAUGUUCUUCUGGAACCAGAAUGUUAUACAACCUUUUAUUGAUGCAGGGAUCGAUGCGCUCGCAUUGCCCCUGAUGAAGGGUUUCGUGGGACAGAGAACGUUUACCGUGGACAGCCAACCGGAACAGCUAGAUGAGUACAAGGGCUCUGUGGAGAUGAAUGACUUCGCUACCAAUUGGUCAACACCGGGGUCGGACUCUGAGGCACCUCCUGCGUCGUCUCCAGGCGCAAAGACUGGGAUCAAACCGAGAACGUCAGAGAAGCAAUUCAACAUCACCGUGAUAUCAAGACGAUCAGUGAAGAGAGCCGGGCUGCGGUAUCUAAGGCGCGGGAUAGAUGAGGAGGGAUGGUGCGCAAACACGGUAGAGACCGAGCAGAUCCUCUCGCCAGCUAUCGUUGACCCGACCUCGAAGAUAUAUUCCUUCUUGCAGGUUAGAGGCAGCAUACCGGUCUUUUUCACACAGAGCCCCUACUCGCUGAAACCAAGCCCCGUCUUUCAGCAUUCUGAUGAUUCCAAUUUCCACGCGCUGAAGCAGCAUUUCGAUCGACUGCAUCAACAGUAUGGGUCUCUUCAGAUCGCCAACCUCGUGGAGAAGCAUGGCGUGGAAGCUCCGAUCGGCCAGAAGUAUCAACAAGGGAUGGAACGGUAUAAUGAGAGCAGUUCCAAGGAGGAUGCAGUACCAUUCGAGUGGUUUGACUUCCACGAUGCAUGCAGGGGCAUGAAGUUCGAGAACGUGCAAAAGCUCAUCGAUACACUUCAAGACCAGCUCGACGAGUUUGGGAGCACAGUUGAACAAGAUGGUGACAUCAAGACACGCCAGAAGGGCGUUAUAAGGACUAACUGUAUGGACUGCCUGGACCGAACAAAUGUUUGCCAGAGUUCCUUCGCCAAGUACAUGCUGGAUGCCCAACUCAAGGAGCAAGGCUAUGACAUGACUGCUCAGGUGGACCAGGUGAAUUCUUGGUUCAACACAUUGUGGGCGGACAACGGGGACGCCAUCUCGAAACAAUACGCCUCGACCGCGGCUAUGAAGGGCGACUACACACGCACGAAAAAGAGGAACUACCGUGGUGCUCUGGCGGAUGCUGGGUUGGGACUGACACGGUUCUUCAAUGGCAUGGUCAACGACUUCUUUCUGCAAGCAACUAUCGACUUCCUCCUCGGAAACGUCACAUCCCUCGUGUUUGAUGAGUUCGAAGACAACAUGAUGACAAAAGACCCGGCAGUCUCGAUUCAGAAAAUGCGAGAUCAGGCCAUCGAACUCUGUCAGAAGCGAGUUGUUGAGGACGCCAAAGAAGAAUUCAUCGGCGGCUGGACAUUCCUCAGCCCUGCAGUCACGAAUAGUAUCAUGGGCACACCUCUCCAAGAGGUUGUCCUCCUCUUGACCGACACUGCGGUUUACCUGUGCCGCUUUGACUGGAAUCUUGACAAGGUAUCGUCUUUCGACCGGGUCGAUUUGGCACAUGUGCAAACUAUCCAGUCCGGGACAUAUGUUACCUCGACAUCAUCUGCGACUCAAACCGACGAGUCAAAGAACAUCGGCCUGGUAAUUGUGUACAAGCCAGGCUCGAACGACUACCGCCGGGUCAACACGCGAUCUCUGUCCAGUACCAAGCCCAACGGGCAGGAUUCUGUUCCUGACGAGGCUCAGGAGGCCAAGGCCAAAGACACAUCCGGCUCAUCGCCAGUCCAGUCCAGGCUGACAGGCCUCCUGGGCCGCAAGGGCGGUGCGGCCCCACCAGAGACGAAGAAGAUCGUCCUCAAGGCCCCGUAUACCAACUCAUCCCUCGCCGACCGCGGCGGCAAGGCCAACGCCUCGCGCAUGACGGAGAAACAGCUUGUGUCAGCCGUGGCCCACGAGAUAGAGCGGUUGGCCUUCCUGAACCAGCCCGUUUCCGGGACCGCGGAGGCGAAGAGGGGGAGCAUCAUCGAGGAGGCAGAUAUCGUGAGCCUGGCGGAGGCAAAGAAGAACGUGGGUAUCCUUGAGACGCUGGGAUACAACCUCAAGAGGCUGGUCUGGGCCUAGAGGAGUAUGGAUCAGGUGGGGGUUUGCGGUUUGGACUGGGACACCACAUCUUGCACACAUUGUCUGGCGUAUCAUGCAGGGAAUUGCUGAUUUAUAAAUAUAAUAGGAGAGACCGUGUUUGUUAGAAACUAGAUCAUUUGCCCAGUUUAUGCCGAGUUCAAUAUUGCAUUCAAA